CUCGCUGCUUCGAAAAGUAAACCUUCUCUGCCCAUUGCCAUCCCAUCUCGUCGUGCGGCCACGCCCUCUGCUUUUACUCGGGGACUGCAUGCACUCCGACCAUCAACCGUCGACCGUCGCCAGCCCCCCGACUUUCCGCCUCCGCCGCGCGCUGCCGCCUGCUUUGUCGACAGCUCCCCGCCCCCCAUCGCACAGCAGCGCGGAGCUUCAGCCUCAUUACAUGCGUCUCAAUCCAUCAACAAGACCCAUUUCCUAACUUUCCUAUAUCAUGGCCGACCUUUCUGCGGUCGCAGACCCCAACCACACCAUCAACCUCACACCCGAGGAGAAACGAGCAUUUAGCUACCUGUUCCAGCAGGCUGAUACCGAGAAGCUUGGUGUCAUUACGGGCGAGGUUGCGGUCAAGUUCUUUGAGCGAACCAAGUUGGCACCGGCUGUUUUGGGUGAGAUAUGGCAGAUUGCUGAUACGGAGAACCGCGGCCUCUUGACCUCGUCCGGCUUCUGUCAGGUCCUGCGUCUGAUCGGACACUACCAGGCUGGAAGAGACCCAUCGCCAGAGCUUGCCUCCAGACCUGGCCCACUGCCCAAGUUUGAAGGACUCACUAUACCAUCCGCUCCCCCUUCAACAUUCUCCCCUCCCCCGGCGGCUGGCAUCAAACCCCAGAUGAGCGGUGGCCCCGUCCGGGUGCCGCAGCUGACGCCCGCGAAAGCCGCCGAGUAUGCGUCACUUUUCGAGAAGUCAGGGGCUCAGAAUGGGAUACUUUCGGGGGAGAACGCUAAACAGAUCUUUGAGAAAGCUAGAUUGCCCAACGAAACUCUGGGACGUAUCUGGAACUUGGCCGACAUCGAACAACGCGGAGCGCUCGGUGUGGCCGAGUUCAUAAUUGCUAUGCAUCUCUUAGCAUCCGUCAAGACAGGCGCUAUGUCGCAACUCCCCAAUGCCCUGCCCGCAGGGCUCUAUGAGGCGGCAUCUCGCAGGGUUCCACUUCCUCCGCCAGGAGGACGACCGAGACCGGAUGAGCCCAUAGCAUCGAUUCCUCGGCAAUUCAGCGGUGCCGGCCCCCAAAGGAAUCAAAGUCCUAUGGGGAGGCCCUAUGGCACUCCGCCUCAAUCCGCUCAACCCACCGGAAACGAUUGGGCCAUCAAUGCUCAGGAGAAGGCUUCAUACGAUAGUCUCUUUCACAAGGUGGAUACAAUAGGCCGCGGGUUCAUAACUGGAGAUCAAGCCGUGCAGUUCUUCAGUGACUCGGGUUUGCCAGAGGACAUCCUCGCGGCUAUCUGGGACUUGGCCGAUAUCAAUUCUGAGGGACAACUAAGCCGGGAUGAGUUCGCAGUUGCCAUGUACCUAAUAAGACAACAACGCAAACCUGGAGUAACGCUUCCGGCAACCCUACCCCUCAAUUUGGUCCCUCCUAGCAUGCGGAACCAAGUAAGGCCUUCCCUACCCAUUGCGGCACCAACGCAAGAGGCCCCGCCGUUUGUGGCUCCCCAACCGAAAUCUGCGGCAGAGGAUCUCUUUGGGCUCGACGCAUUUUCCGCCCCCGCUCCCCCACAAGUACAGCAAUCCACUGGUGGGUCGGGCUCCUUCGGCAAGCCCUUUGAUAAUGACCCCUUCUCGAGCAAAACUGCCUCCCCAACCUCGCCACACCCAUUCCAGCCUUCUCCGCGCAAUCCGACAUCUACAUUCAAACCUUUCAUGCCAACCUCUUCGUUUGGACAAACUCUUACUUCACACUCUACAGGAGCGUCUGGGUCUUCAGCUACACCUUCUCGCGCAAACCCACCUUCCGCUAUGGAAGAUUUGUUAGGUGAGAGUGACCCAGAAGUCAACAAGAAGCUUACCCAGGAGACGACGGAAUUAGCGAACAUGUCAAACCAGAUCGGCACGUUGCGGACUCAGAUGCAAGAGGUUCAGAAUAAAAAGAUUACCACCGAGAAUGAUCUGAACGGCGCUAGCACUCAGAAGCGUGAUCUUGAACUUCGUCUCUCUCAAUUCAAGUCACAAUAUGAACAAGAAGUCAAGGCAGUGAAAGCUCUUGAAGAUCGACUUGCUACGUCUAGAAACGAAACUCGAAAGUUGCAGCAAGAGCUUGCUAUGAUUGAAGGAACACACCAAGACCUCCAAAGCCAACAUCGGCAAGUGGGGACAGCCCUAGAAGUGGACCAACGUGAAAAUGCAAAUUUAAAGGAGCGCAUUCGUCAAGUAAACAUGGAAAUUGGUCAAUUGAGACCCCAGCUUGACAAGUUGAGGUCCGAUGCUCGACAACAGAAAGGCAUGGUAGCCAUCAACAAGAAGCAGCUAGCGACGAAUGAAGGCGAGCGGGACAAGAUGAAAUCUGAGAUCAAUGAUCUGUCCAAAACAACUGAGGAAAGCUUCCGCAUCUCUCAAGGGCAGGCUCCUGCCGUGGCUAGUCCCGCCACCUCUACUGCAAGCCAUAGCACUAACCCAUUCUUCCGUAAGUCUCCUCAGCCGUCAACCGACAACACAAUGUCGCCUUCAGGAUUCUCUAGAGAAGGACCGCACAAGGAUUUCGACAACGUUUUUGGUACAGCUUUUAGCUCGCACCAGGCUCCUGCUCCUCCCACUUCUUUUAGAUCGGAGAGUCAGUCUCAGGUUCCGACGUUUUCCGCACCGUCCGGACAUUCCGUCCGUUCUUCAGAAGGCCCGGACGUACCAACACCGUCAACAUCUCCGCCACUCUCUUCAUACCAGGAAUCUCCCCGAGCAGGAGAACCACCAGCCCCUCCGGAGUCACGACAAUUUGCGUCAAGUUUUUUGCCGCUUAGGGAUGCCGUUCCACGGUCUGAUUCCUUCAGCUCCUCGGUCAAAGUCUCCGCUCCGGCAAGCAGAUAUGGUGCACCAGGAAAUGAAACACCCACGAUCUCUAAGGCCUCUCCUUCUGGAACUCCUGUGCCGGAGAAGCCUAGCGUGGAGCGUUCUGACACCUCGAGAACGGACACUGACGCUUACAACACUUCUGUUUUUGAUCGCAACCUCUCUACAUCUCCCGUGGCUAGUACAAGUAGCGACGCUCAGAGGUCUGGUUCAAAGGCAGAAGAACGGAGAGAUACCUUCCCAAGCUUUAGUUCGGCGUCAGCAAACCACGAUAUCCCUGGUGCAUUUCCCAGGGAAACAAGCUCACCUCUUCAGCAAAUUCCAACAGGGGAAAGUAGCCUCAGCAAUCAGAGCAAGAGCAACAACCCCAGCAAUCGCACAGAUCCGUUCGCUUCUGCCGCCAAAGAGCAACCGCGUGGGGGAGCCUCUGCGAAGGUUGACUUCGAUGCGGCCUUUGCUGGGUUUGGCACAGGUCACCAGUUCCAAGACUCGAGCUCCGGUGUAAAUGGUUCGAAGGAUUCGGCAAGCAAGUUCAACAAGGAAUUCCCUCCAAUUGAAGAUCUUGCUCAUGACGAAGAUAGCGACAGCACAAGCGAGCAGGGAUUUGCGGAUAAUUUUACUUCUGCAUCACCACAACAGCAUCGCCCGAGCGUUGGGCAAAAUCAGCAGCCGCAACCGCAACCGCGACCAAGCACAGGCACAACAGGCGGGGAUUCCUCUAAGGAUGAAUAUUUCAAAGCACCGCCUCCAACAAGUCGCCUCGAUUCAAGCACGAGUGGGUUACCUUCGCCCGGAGCACAAAAGUCCCCCCCUACUUAUGACCAGACUGUGAGUUCGAAUAGCAGAAGUGGCACUAACCAAUUCCCGCCGGAAUUUGGGGGACUUCUACCCUCUCGUACGGAUCCUACUUCCCCCCCCUCCGCGCCCCAAUCCCCCGAAAAGUCUUUCAGUACACCAGCAGGCGGCCAAGGAGGAGCAUUAUUCGGUGGAUCAACGUUCCCUAAGCCAUCCACUACAUCACCACCCCCCACGGAUACACCAUCAUCAACUGUUCCAUCCGAUGCCUACCAUUCGGCAGUAUCGUUUGGCACCGUCGACACCAACAAAGGCCCAUCCCCUUCGACCAAUGCCCCCCAAGGGGGCAAGCCAUCCUUCAAAGAUGAUUUUGAUGCUGGCUUCGAUGAUCUGACGGAGGCUAAGGAGGCUGAUGACAAGGCUGAUGACGACUUUAUGCUUUCCUCACAACAUCGCGAAGGUUUUGAUGAAUUCAAUCCCGUGUUUGACUCCCCAGCUGCGUCCAAGUCAAAUACAAUGGCUUCUCAGCAGACUCCUACUGGUAAACCGCAUGGUGAAGACAGCUUUAGCGACUUCGAGCACCUCUCACAAAGCUUUAGCCAACCUAAAACACAGCAACCCGCUGCAUCCUCUUCCCAGGAUUGGGAUGCUAUUUUCUCAAGCCUCGAAUCUCCUCAGACCGAGAAGGGUGCUCAGCAGACUCCAGGCGAGCUUGGCAAAUCCGUUUUCGAUACUCUGGAUAAAGAAGACGCGGCGGGUUCCUCCUCAAAACAACCGCAAAUUCCUCAGCUUAGCCGCGCCCUCAGCUCAGGCACAGAGCACGAUGACCCCAUUUUGAAGAAGCUGACGGGCAUGGGCUAUCCACGAACAGACGCCCUCGCUGCCCUCGAAAAGUUUGACUAUGACAUCAACAAGGCUGCAGACUACCUAACCUCAGGUCACUAAAUUGAAAAAGGGCGGACUUGAUGUUCUUUCAUUGUACGAAUAUUACCUUGACCCACAGCUUGUCUUCUAUACAGUUGGCAUAGUCCCCCAUACCCUUACCAUGUUUGUUUUACCUUACGGUCGGAACCAGAGUGCAUGCAACGGGAUUGGAUUGGUUGCCUUCUCCUUGUUUACCCUCCCUAAUUAUUCGUCAUUUUGCGGCAUUCGUUUACCACAGCUGGCGGGUUUGGCUUUAAUUCUGCACAUACUUGGUAGUUAAUUUUACAGCAUUUCUUGCA